AUGGCCGUAUUUCCCAACAAAAAGUUCCGCGGCUCGGCCGACGCAGGCACAUUCGCGGCGAAGUAUCGCGGGCUCAUGGCCAAACACCCCUUUCUGCUGUUCGGCCUACCCUUCAUGUCCAUUAUCGUGGCCGGUUCCUUUGUCCUGACGCCAGCGACCGCCGUACGAUACGAAAAGCAUGACCGGAGGGUACGGCAAAUGACCCGCGACGAGGAGCUAGGCGUUGGCAAAGCAGGUCGUAAGAUCAAUAUUAAAGAUGAAUACUAUAGGCUCGCUGCGAAGGAUCUCGAUGACUGGGAGCAAAAGCGUGUCAAGCGAUUACCAGGAGAGCAUGAUGGAGUCCUAUAG